AUGACCUAUCCCGUCUAUGCUGUCGCAGAGCCAUCCUUAGUGUUGCUUGCAUGUGCACUGGCUGGAGCUGUGAUCGGUGAUUUCUGCUUGGGCGAAGCCCCAUACAGAAAUCACUGCACACAUCGACGACGGCGCUCGUACCACGGUGCCGCGCCCCUCACCUGGCUACGAGCCAUGGCGGGCCUUAGCGCGUCGGAUCUGCUUGCGGCCAGCAUGCACGCAGGCGACACGGUAGAGCUUUACUCCCAUCUGUUCGUCUUUGGCGAUGCUCGAGGACAUCACACGACCAAAGUCCUCAGGAUUGACGAGGACGUUAGCGCCUCGUAUCCUGUCGACGUGGACACCGAUGAGCCAAUCCCGCGGGACAUGAUGGUGCGACUGGUUGUCGACCGCCACGGUAAUCGCUUUAAGCCUGCGUACGCCAUUUGGCGCACGCUUCGCUCGUAUACAUUAAUACCAGGAGAGUGCAGUGCCCCCCGUCGAGCCGUUGCCUUUGCCAAGGCCAUGUCGACCGCAGUCCGGGGUGCUGUGGAGUAUGCAUUCCAGCAGCAUCGCGCUGGGUGUGAGGAUUUUGUUGGAGAGUGCUCGCAGUCGGAGAGCGAGCCCAGCGAGAGACUAUCCUGUACUGGAGACUCGUCGUCGACGUCCCGCACCUCCAUCGUAGCCAAAGCAGCAUCGGACGACGGCGAUUCCCGAUUGCCGAGCCAGCCUGUACGCGAUAGACCAGCGGAUACGCAGAUGGCGGACGUGUUACCUGCAUGUGUCGAGGCGGAGAGGUUGCCGUCCAGCACCAUCCGCGUAGGCGAUACAGCUGUGGACGUGAAUGAAUUUUCUAAUGCACGGGAAGGAGAUGGAAAUACAGGCAAGGAUUGCUUGCAUUCGGUGGCACAACCUCGUCAGUCGGAGGAGUUAAUUUCUGAUCCCACCACAUCCGACCCCAUGAGCUCCAGUGCGUCCAUUUCGAGCGGUGGAGAUCACGGCGACGGUGGAACCGCUGGUGAAGCUGGUGAAGGUGCAGACAGAGAUUUGCCACGCGAGGAAAACACGCUGUCUGCAACGCGUCCCUGCCAGUCGGUGCCAACUGACCAAAACGUGCUCGAUGCUCGUGAGUACAUACGUUCAGUUCCAACACGACUUGAAGGGAGAAGAUCCGCUACCAGGCGAAGAAGUGUGCGGGCACUUGGUACGUCCCGCGUUCGCAGAAACGGCGGCAUCAUAUGA